ACUGUUUGGGUUUUAUUCUGGUGUUUUAUUCUCACAUUAGUUUUGUGUUGGCGUGGUUCACCAGACAUGAUUCUAAGUAGGUCAAAUUUUUCAUGUGUGAUUGAUCAGCUUCUCGAGUAAUAUAUAGUCUCAGGACUGGAAGUGUUAUUUUUAUUUUACUUUGAUGCUCUGAUUUUUAGGGAUUUACCUGUUUGCUAGUCUUUUUUUCCCCCGGCCAUGUUGUUUUUUAUUUUCCUCAUACGUAGAUAAUUUUGUGUCUGUUACGCCUCGGUUCUUAUAUUUUCUGCUUUUGUUCAGAGUUUAUCUUUCACUAUGAUGUUAAAAGCCUGGACUGCAGCUCUGUUGCAUGGAUUCUGCCUAAGAGGGCGUGUCCCGUGUUGAGUGUGGUCUUUAGGCUUGGACGGGCCAGGUCAAUGCUGCUGAUCACUUCCCUUGGGCGCAGAGUGGGUUGAAGGACGCUGUGUCCUUUGGGAUGGAAACGUAUAAAUACCAGAGCCCCUGGUGAGAGGCAUUUUGUUUCCACAGAGGCAACAGAUCAGCUUUUUACUCUGGUGACAGACAACAGCUUUCAGAGUGGAAUAUAGCAACAGUUUCAAUGGAGGACAGUGAACUUGACCCUCAGUCUUCAUCAGAUGAGCACGACUCCUGCUCAGCCUCCCCUAAUCAGGCCAGGCAUCCUGAUGGACAGUUUUUCCAGCAUUCAAGCCAUUCAGAUGAUUCAGAAGUGGAGAACAUAAUGCAGGAGCCUCAGCAACAGCAUCAGGAUCAUGGAGGUCAUGAGGCUGAUAGGGAGAAUGAGGGCCAAGACCAUCCACACACCCCGUCUUACCUACGGCCCCCGGUGGCGGGUAGGGCCCAGUCAGACUCAGGGUCAGAGCCCAGCUUGACACAGAGCAAAUGUGUGGAGUUUGACUUGCCAUCACCAGUCAGUCCCUCCAGACCCAAGAGCCCCUGGUCUCUAUUUGACCCGUACGACAAUAAUGAGGACCAGGACAAAGAAUAUGUGGGCUUUGCCACUCUGCCAAACCAGGUGCACCGCAAAUCCGUCAAGAAAGGAUUUGACUUCACAUUGAUGGUGGCAGGGGAGUCAGGCCUGGGAAAGUCUACUCUGGUCAACAGUCUGUUUCUCACUGAUCUAUACAAAGAUAGGAAGCUGCUGAAUGCUGAAGAGCGAAUCACACAAACUGUGGAAAUCACCAAGCAUACAGUGGAUAUAGAGGAGAAAGGAGUCAAACUGAAGCUCACUAUCGUGGACACCCCUGGGUUUGGUGAUGCUAUAGAUAACACUGAAUGUUGGAAGUCAGUGGCUGACUACAUCGACCAGCAGUUUGAGCAAUACUUCAGGGACGAGAGUGGACUCAACCGCAAGAACAUCCAGGACAACCGCGUUCACUGCUGCCUCUAUUUCAUUUCCCCCUUCGGCCAUGGCCUUCGACCUCUUGAUGUGGAAUUCAUGAAAGCUCUGCACGAGAAGGUCAACAUCGUCCCGGUGUUGGCUAAAGCCGACACGCUCACUCCGACUGAGGUCCAGAAAAAGAAAAUAAAGAUCAGGGAGGAAAUUGAGCAGUAUGGAAUCAAGAUCUAUCAAUUUCCCGACUGUGACUCUGAUGAAGAUGAGGAGUUCAAGCAACAAGACCUUGAGUUAAAGGAAAGCAUUCCUUUUGCAGUAAUCGGUAGCAACACCGUGGUGGAGGCAAAAGGGAAAAGAGUGCGAGGCCGUCUCUACCCAUGGGGCAUUGUUGAAGUUGAGAAUUCGGCACACUGUGAUUUUGUGAAGCUGAGGAACAUGCUUGUUCGCACACACAUGCAAGACCUCAAAGAUGUGACCCGAGAGACUCACUAUGAGAACUACAGAGCCCAGUGCAUCCAGAGCAUGACCCGCAUGGUCGUGAAGGAGCGCAACCGCAAUAAGCUAACCAGGGAGAGUGGCACAGACUUCCCCAUACCCAUGGGGCCUGCAGUGUCGGAGAGCGAAACAGAAAAGCUCAUCCGAGAGAAAGAUGAGGAGCUGCGGCAGAUGCAGGAGAUGCUGCAGAGGAUCCAGGACCAUUUGAUCACUCAGAAGGACGGCCAUUAAUAACACUGCAUCACAGAAAGAGGACUCUGUCUUCCACUCCUAGUCGUAUUCACACACACAGCGCUCUGUGUCAUCCACUGAAGAUUACAAGGGGACGGUAAAGAGGAUGAGCUACGAUGUUGUGACCUUUGCAACCCCUUUAUUUUCUGCAGAACUUUUUAGAUUUGUGUCCAAAAAACACCUGAUCUGCCCUUCUGAUUGAUGAACAGAACUGCCACAUAUCAUUUUGUAUCACCACACGAUCGAUAACAUGCUUGUUAGGUGAUCUGUUUAUUUCUCAAUAGACCAAUUUGUAAAUACGGUAUUUAAAUUUCUUUAUCUCAUUCACAAACUGUCUAUUAUUUUUAUACUCCAAAGUAGAUUUGAAGGUGAUGCAGAUGCACUCUUGAUUUCUUUCUCUAUUUACUUCCUCUUUGUGUACAUUUAAAUGUGUCUGCAUCCUUUGAAUAACUGACACCAGACUUUAUGGAUGUUUAUGACUGAAGUGGUUGUUGGUUGGAGUUGAAUGCUUUCUCCCCACCAUGUCAACAUGCUGAAAGGUGAACCUUAAAAACAAAAAAAAAUGUCUGGUCUUCGAUGAAAUCUAGAAGAAUUUAGAAGAUAUGCAGGAUUUGCAUAGCAUGGGCUUCCAGAAGAGAUUAUUUAUUUUUACAUAACCCUGAAAGUAAAAGUCAGACUUUGUUCAUUUCUGAGGUUGGUUUCAUGUUCUUAUUUCUAAGGAACUUUCUUGUUAAUCUUUUUGGGGGUUUUAUUUCCUUUUUUCCAACAUGUUGUCCAAAAGGAAGAUUUAAUUAUUUCUAGAGAAGAAUUACAAUCUUAUGUGACCCAAAAAAUGUUUUUUUGCCAGUUACUUUUUUAAGAUUGCUCUGACUUGUGUGGCUUUUGUUUAAAAAGAAAACAACAUUCCUUAUUCUUUUUAUUUGUGAGUCGGGCAAUACUGUUUGAGAUUGUUUGAUUUUUUUUUUCUUGGUAUUCUACAUUUUUGAAAAUAUUUAUGUAGCAAAGUUGAAAUGAAACGGUUUUGAACAGGACAGCAUGUAAAAAUUUGAAUGUUAUAAGAAAACAUGAAUAAAAUUCUUUUCUCAUA